AUACGAGUGCCGAUCCGCUCGGUUGCGUUUGCGGCUUUUUUCGCGGAUUUCCAUCGCGUGGCGUGUACAAACCUGUUGUGUGAUACGUUGCAGCACUUGCCUGCUAUUGGUUGUGAUUCUCGUCCAGAGUAAAGGUGCGAAAGUGAACAGAGAAGAAACAGUGCUGAGCGAAGGUGUUUUGGCUAUCUGCACCCCACUCCCCACUGCGCAGAUCAACACAAAGUGUAUCCUAUCUACUCCCCUGUCGUCCGGUGGUGGUGGCGGUGGCGUCGGCAGACGAUAUAGCGCUUCAUCGCAUCGGUUCGAGGCAAUUAGUGCUGCCAAGUGCUGCUAAUAAAGUGCCACGUGGGUUUCCAUACGCGUAUUUGCUAAGAGAGGUGCCACGCGCGUGAUGGGAAUGAUCUUCCGUCGCUUCCCACCGGGCACACUGUCUACUUCCAUCCGCCAGGCUGCGUAGUGUUGUCUAAUUGCGCACCACACCAUAGUAGCGUCAUACCGAAUACAAACGUAGAGAACUAGCAGCAGUAAUUCUUACUUUCCAAGAACUGAUAAGCGGUGUAUAAUGAAAAAAUCAGACAAUUACUAAUCUGCAGGCGGCACGCUUCAAAUAUCACAACACCUGCCUCCGCAGCCACCGAGCUCGCGAAAGGCGUUGGCGUCCCCCGGGGUCAUGUUCGAGCGUCGUCCACUGUUUGGGGCUCUGAUCGUGCUGACACUGGUAGUGACGAUAUGGCACAUGUCGCUGCAGGAAGCCGACAGCAGCGAACCGACUGGCAUCGUACCACCCUACAUGCAAGGGCCCCCUUCACACACAUCCCCGGUGGCGGUUCCCCACCCUAGCAGCGGUUACAAUUUAUACGCCUUACCGGACGGUGGGGGUCCCGGUGAUGAUGUGGCGGUCAGUUGGAACCAAACCAACGCGUCACGAUCGAUUCUAUCGUUAGUCAAUCCAGUCGAACGGUUGCCAAAAGAUGAUUAUACCAGUUUAAUAGAUUUAAAAGAUUUUAGAUUCAUCAUCAACUUUAACAAUUGUAGUAGCGAUAGCGGAAGGAGUAGGUCAGACAGUGUGCAAAGUGAUAGCCUUAAGGGUGACGAACGACGAUCACCGUUAGUUUUAGUACUAGUUCAUUCGGCACCAUCCAAUUGGUACAAGCGCAAUACGAUUCGUGAUACUUGGGGACAGCACGAUCCGCGAGCAAAGCUCGUCUUCCUACUGGGUAUAGUCAACUCCAGAACCCUGCAGCGACGGAUAGAGCAAGAAAACCGUAUGUACGACGACAUCGUACAGGGAAACUUCCUAGACGCCUAUCGCAAUAUGACCUACAAGCAUGUGAUGGCACUAAAAUGGUUCACAUAUCACUGUCCCGAAGCCAAAUACAUUCUAAAAGCGGACGACGAUGUCUUCGUGAAUACUCCCACACUGUACGACGUGCUCGAAUCGACAACCCAACGGCGGAGGUUGCUCUUCUGCCAGGAGAUCCGGCAAGCGCCGGUCAAGCGAACACACCGCUCUAAGUGGUUCGUUAGCAUUCCGGAGUACCGGAACAAGUACUACCCCAGCCACUGUCCCGGUUACUCGAUAAUCUACACUCCGGACGUGGCGUUCCUGCUCUACCGAGAGGCGCAACAGCAGCCCUACUUCUGGAUCGACGACGUCCACGUGACGGGUACUAUUGCACAGCGAAUCAACGCCACCAUCACCCCUACCGGCAGCAUGCUGCUCAACCAAACCCAAAAAGAUGCCAUCAUCGAGAACAAACUGAAUGCCACCGAGCAGCAGUUCUUCUUUACCACGCCGGAUCUGCGCGACGGCGAAAUCCGGAAGCUCUGGAAGGCGGUAACCGCGUCGAGGCGCACCGGUAGCAGAUAGUGACCGGAUGGGUAUGAUCGCAUCCCCGGAUCAAAUGCAACGGACCACCAUUAGACAACUACUAGCGCACGUGUGAAUGUAAUUUUUGAGUGCAAGAGUGUUUUCGAGGGGACGGAGCCCGGAAGGGUGUAUGUGUGGAAAAGCCCAUGAACUGAGUCUAGAACUAAGGAGAAGAAUCCAGAGUCCACCGUCCCCCCACUGUCAAAGUUGUCCGCGUUUUAUUGAUAUUAGUAUUAGUAGGUAAAUACUUUUUGUUCUCUUCAUCGACAUAUUUCGCCUGGAAAAGACUUCCCCGAUCUGGAUCGUUAGCAAUGCAAAUAAG